AUGACUUCUUCUUCUCCUUCCACCACCACGCCUUCCACAUCUCCAGAGUUCCCCAUCCAGUGGCGCGAGUCGACCCCCCGCGAUGAGUUCCUCGCCUCGUGCUGGUCCCACAACCACAACCACCGCCGUGCUACCUCCGCUCGCGUCCCUCGCGCUGUGGUGCACGCCACCUCACCUUCCCACGUCGUCGAGGCCGUCAAGCUCGCGGGUAAACUGGGCUGCCGCGUCAGCGUGCGGUCGGGCGGACACUCCUGGGCCGGGUGGAGCGUGCGGGAUGAUGCUGUUCUGAUCGACCUGGGCGCGCUGCCUGGUGGGAAACAUUCUUCCUCUUCGUCUUCCGGGGCGACGACGGCCGGGCUAGACUAUGAUGACCGCACCAAGAUCGUCUCCGCGCCGCCCUCGGCCACAGGCCGCAUGGUCAAUGGCUUUCUCGAAAAACACGGGCGCAUGUUUGCUGGUGGCCACUGCCCGGAUGUCGGGCUGGGCGGGUUCUUGCUGCAGGGUGGGAUGGGUUGGAACUGUAAGAACUGGGGGUGGGCUUGUGAGAGUAUUAUUGGGCUGGACGCGGUUACGGCGGAGGGGAAGGAGGUGUACGCUUCCAAGGGGGAGAAUGCCGAUCUGUUUUGGGCGGCUAGGGGGGCUGGGCCUGGCUUCCCUGCCAUCGUCACGAGGUUCUAUCUCAUGACGAGACCACUGCCAAAGAUGAGCCAGAGUAUAUACUUUUGGCCAAAGUCUAUCAUCUUAUCUCAUUGUUUCUCACCCCUUUGGAAGAUUUGCCCCGACGCGGAUCCCGAUACAGAGAUUGUAUGUCUCGGACAAUACAUCCCCGGGUAUGACGAGCCCAUAGUCUUUGCCAACUUCCUCUCCUUCAAGCCCACUCAGGCCGAAGCCGAGGCAGCCCUCCGCCCACUCCACGACCACCCUGGCCGCCCGCCCAACGCCCUCAAGGAGAGCUUCUUUGCCCAACCCACCUCCCUCCCAGGACAAUACGUCCCGCAGGAGGCUGCCAACCCGCCCGACCACAGAUACUGCUCCGAGAACGCCUACAUCCGCAACAACGAGGCCGACGUACCCGCCGUUCUCGAGAAAGCCUUCACCACUGUGCCCAACCGCAAGACAUUCGCUCUGUACUUUAGCAUGAACCCCACGUCACGAAGGGGCCACUAUUCCGCGGGCGUCGACGACGUCGGGAGCAUGGCCUUUUCAAUGCAGAGCGACCACUACUUUGCGCUGUACUCGAUCUGGGAGGACGAGAAGGACGACGAGAAGUUUGUUGGGUGGACGCAUGACAUCAUGAAAGACGUUGAGAGGCAUGCCGAGGGAAGUUAUCUGGGGGAUGCGGAUUUCCAGCUGCGGCGGACCAAGUUCUGGCGCGACGAGAACGCCGCGAGGCUGAUGGAGAUUCGGAGGAAGUGGGAUCCCGACGCGAGGAUCUGUGGGUAUCUGGACGAGGGGGAUCGGAGUGGCGCGGAGGGUCUGCGGAAUGAGUUUGAGUGGAAAUGA